AUGGCGCAAUAUUUCUUUGAUCUUCUCUACAACUUCACCGAUUGCAUGUGCUGUUUUCCCAGCACGCCGCAAUUAAAGAUCAACAAUCGUAGCUUCAAAUUGCUCCGACUCCUCGGUGAAGGUGGUUUCUCCUAUGUCUACCUCGUUCAAGACAAAUCGACCUCGGAACUGUUUGCGCUGAAGAAGAUCCGGUGUCCCUUCGGUCAGGAGUCCGUUUCACAGGCGUUGAAGGAAGUGGAGGCCUACAAUCUGUUCACCACGCAGAACAACAUCAUUCAUUCCAUUGACCAUUGUGUAUCCACCGAAUCCGGGGUCGAAGACGGUCUACAUCCUCCUACCAUACUACCAACGGGGCAACCUCCAAGAUGCCAUCAAUGCGAACCUCGUCAACCAUUCCCGCUUCCCGGAGAAGCGUUUGAUGGUGCUAAUGCUCGGAGUUGCCAAUGCGCUCCGAGCGAUGCACCUCCAGAAUGUGGAUGAAGAAGAGGAGAAUGAGCCAUUGAUGGAUGACGAGGUCACAAUAAGUCAGGAGGGCGUGCAAGACGGCGAUCUUCGCCCGUAUGCCCACCGGGAUAUUAAGCCCGGAAACAUCAUGAUCGCUGAUGAUGGGCGUACACCCAUCCUCAUGGAUCUCGGAUCGCUAGCGCCCAGCCCCAUUGCCAUCACCUCCCGGUCGCUCGCCCUGGCCGUCCAAGACACCGCUGCGGAACACAGCACUAUGCCGUAUCGGGCACCCGAACUCUUCGAUGUCAAGACGGGUUCGAUCAUCGACACAAAGGUGGAUAUCUGGUCAUUAGGAUGUACGCUCUACGCCUGUCUAGUGGGCAAGAGCCCCUUUGAAGCCCGCAGCGAAGAAACAGGUGGCAGCUUGAGCAUGUGUGUGUUGGGUGGUGAUUGGCGGUUCCCCGACGAGAAAUCGAGUGCUACCAAGGGCAAGGGCAAGGCCGGUGGCGAUGAUAGCCGCAAAGAUAAUACGAUGCAGAUCAGUGCGCCCGUAAAGGAGGUGGUCCGCAAGUGCCUGCAGGUGGAGCCUGCAGACCGGCCUGAUAUUGAUGAGCUGAUUCAAAUCCUGAAGGACGUUAUCAAGGACCUUCCCGAGGAGGAUGACAUUGCCAGUGGUUCAAGCUAG